GUCAAAUGAGAAGAAGAUAGAAAGUGUCUAGAAGCGUUUCGAAGCAUGACUUGGACCGUACCCACUAUCGCAGGUUACAGGGGUGGAGUGGCACCUAUGAUCAAGGUUGAGCAAGAAUGUGAUCCAUGCGUGGUCUCGUUUCGUUCUUUCUGAAUUUUCUCGACGACUGUGGAAGAUGCAAGACGUAUCAUCCAACCGAAACAGAAACUGUGCCUCGUGGCUAGCGAUAAUCGCAAGAGAAGAUUGACGAUGAGACUUCUGCUGUGGACAGUUUGCCUCAUUGGCUUGCUGCUUCAUGGGUGCUAUACUUCAUCCUUGGAACUGGAAGAUAGAUUUACAACUAAUAGUAAUUGUGAAACUACCACAUGGAAAAGCAUAGAGUUAACGCACAAGGAAUCCAAGUAUCUGUUGAAUUAUCCUAUAGGAGAAUUGUCGCCGGAUGCUUCGCUGUGUCGCAGACCUGCAAAGUGCAUUCCACUAGAUAAAGAUAGCUAUUGCAUGAGUGCGAAAUUACCUUACUCAAGUACCACGUUAGAUCUUAUACCAGGAGGUGUAACUCAAGACGUUAUCAAGGACAAAUUGCACCAAUUACAAACCUUGAAACAUGUACCAAAGUGCUGGGCUGUCGUUCAACCAUUUUUAUGCUCGAUAUUUAUGCCAAAAUGCGUCAACGAUACAGUCGCGCUGCCAUCUCGAGAGAUGUGCAAGAUGAUAUCUGGGCCCUGCAGGCUGCUGCUCAAUCAUACCAUCUGGCCAAGUUUCAUAAGAUGCGACAAUGCGGAAUUAUUUCCGCAAUCGUGCAAGAGCAACGUCAGAGAGUUGAAAUUUAAUACUUCUGGCGAAUGUUUGAAGCCUCUUGUGCCUACUGACAAUGCUCUUUCGAUCUUUGACGGGGUGGAGGGCUGUGGAACGCAAUGUUACGAUCCGCUAUACACGUUUGACGAGCAUACUCAACUACAUUCGUUCAUCGUGUGGUGUGCGGGCAUCUGCUGUGCCUUCAAUUUUCUUGCCGUGGUAACGUUUCUGAUAGAUUGGAGGAACGCUUGUAAGUAUCCAGCGCUCGUGAUAUUUUAUAUAAAUGGUUGUUUCAUGGUGUCUUGCAUUGGCUGGCUAGCUCAGUUCGUUGCCAGCCGGGACGCAAUUAUAUGUCGCAAAGAUGGAACGUUAAGGACGAAGGAACCGGGCGGGCAAAAUCUGUCUUGCGUUAUCACCUUCGCUCUCGUGUAUUACUUUUUGAUGGCAGCGAUGAUAUGGUUCGUCAUAUUGACGUACGCCUGGCACAGAAGCUGCCGAGCGCUUGGUAAGAUAAAAGAUCGGAUAGACAAAAAGAGCGCCUCCUUCCAUCUGAUCGCUUGGUGCUUACCGCUCAUCUUAACGGUCAUGAUCAUGGGACUGGGCGAAAUUGACGGUAACAGCGUGAUGGGAAUAUGCUUCGUGGGUUACACUAAUCACGUAGUGAGAGCUGCAUUUGUGUUGGGACCAAUUGUUUUGGGCGCACUCAUUGGAGGAUGCUUCUUGUGUAGAGGACUCUACAUGCUUAUUUGCUUCAAAAUUAGCUGUCGAGAAAUCAUAUCGAACAAAUUGAGUUCAAAAAUAAAACACAUCUUGAUCAGGAUGGGGGUGUUCUCUUCACUGAUUAUUGCUGCAGUUGUUGUGACAGUUUAUUGUCACGUUUGUGAGAUGAUAUACUCUUGGCAAUGGAAGCAGAGCUUUAGAGAUUACAUGAUAUGCAAGAUAACGACGAAAUAUUCAGAUAUGUCGGAAAGUGAAUGUAAAAUGAGCGUAAGACCAAGCACGGGUAAAUUGCAGUUACAUUUGUUCGCGCUAUUUUCCACUGGCAUAAUUAUGUCCUCGUGGGUUUGGACUAGUUCGACGGUGGAUGCAUGGCUCAGAUUUCUAAAAAGCAUGCUCUCCUUCCUUGUUUGCAGAGCCUUUACUCACGAGGUCGAGGAUCCCGUAAGACUGAGCAAGCACAAGCUCAUCGCACGUUUAUUUGCGAAUCGCAAAACGUUCAACAGGGCCGGGCGAUUGUCUUUAAGUUUUCGUAACAGCCACGAGGAUCCGGUUGGACUGGACUUCGAUCUCAACUCCGAGGCUACGCGAGAUAUCAGUUCCACUUGGGCAGCCGCCCUGCCCAACUUGGUGACGCGAAGGUGCGCACUGGUCGGCGGUGUUACCGCAUCCGUGUCCAGUAAUAGAAGAAACUCGCUCGACUCCGAAAUCAAUAGCUACAAAUGCGUAUCCAGGGAAUCCAGGCGAAACUCAUUGGAUUCGCAGAUAUCGGUGCAAAUUUCACAGAUGAUGAAGACGGUGACGGUGGUCCCCUGUUGGCCCCGCAUCCGCUACGGAAAGAACAGGCCAGAGUUUCUAAGAUCAAACAAAUGCGAUUCACCGCCCAGGCGAGACAGCAUUACCUCCCAAGACAGUCAAUUAGUGACGCAACCGUCUGCGAUCGAAGUGCAUAAUAUGGGUAGGAGACCCGGAAACGCUGGGCUUGAAGAGCGAGAUUUAGACUCGAGGAAUAAUAACGAGACUCAGAGUAUGCUGAUGCGCUUCCUACUGUCGCAGGGAGAACAUAGCGGUAGCGUCGAAAAUGCCGAGGCUAUCGUCGAGGAGAAUCAAUAUGUACCUGAUAAGAACGUCGACGAGAUGGACAAAAUGGAGAAGGGGGACGAAUCGGAUGCUGACAGUGAGAACAGUCGUUUGGAAGAAAAAGUGAAGACACCGGAUUUCGAGGAGGUGAAUGAGUGUAGCAGGAAUAAAAGCAAUAAAGAUAAUAAGAAUUAUAGGGCUUAUGUUCACGAGAAUAACAGAAGAAAUCGUAAGAGCAACCGUAGAAGCAAGUACACCCUGCAGCAGGAUGCUGCGUCGCAGCAUCUGCUUCAAGAAAAUGACAAUCUCAAAGCAAAGAGCGAAAAGGAGAAGGGAGCGUAUAGGAGAACUCCUAUAGCGAUGCGUGAUUCGAGCUCAAGUGUCUCCUCGUCUAGUCUAGAAUUAAGUAGAUUAUUGCGGAAUGACGAACAGCCUAAGGCCAGAGAGAUAGCGACGCAAACCUCGCCGCUACCGCUCGACAUGCUGGAAAUGGAAGAGCUGAAACAGAGCAUUGACGACAUAAUCAAUAGUAGGAAUUCCAAGGGAACACAAAUAUCGCCGCGGUUUAAAAGCAAACACAUAACGUAAGACUGAGAAUUCUUUCUAAUGAAGUAUUUGACUGUAGCGUGUGUGUGUGUAUAUAUAGACGUUCAACGAAAAUGAUCAUCGUAUAAAAUGAGCUCUUUUUCUCUCGAGGGGUGCACAGAUGAAAUAUUCACAUGUGCAUCGAUAGAUAUCAGGAAAUGUUUAUGUAGUGUGAAAAUAUAUUACCUCUCUAAGUAUUUAUUGAAAUUAUUGUAAGGACAGGCAUGACUUUUGCGACAGACUUUCUUUUUACCUAAAACUUAUAUUUCUUGAACAAGAAUGAGAGAUCUCAUGAUGCUUUUUAUUGAUGUUUUGUUGACUGUUAAAUUAUAUAGGUAGAAGACAAUAAUGAAAGUUUAUUCAAUAAUAUCGAGAACAUACUCAAUAGAUGGACGUAAGAUGGAUAAUAACAUCGAGAUAUUUUUCGAGAUAUUAUUUUAUUAUUGCUGAAAUAACAGUCAGUAGGAUACUUUGACAACUCGCAUCGAGUGUUAAAUAAUGUAAUUUGUCUACGACACUAUAGACUACGAAAUCCUAAAUAUGCGCUUUGUAAGCGCUAUUGUUUUACAACAAUGGAAACCAUUGUACUCCUAAUGUUGUAAAUAUAUUUUCGAACCUUUAUAAGGUAUAUUAUCGGAUAUAUCGAAUAUUUAGUUUAUACGAUAUAUUUUUUUAAUAAGUAAUCGAAUAAAAUGUGUUUUAUAA